AUGCAUUCUGUAAAGAGCAACAUGUUUUUUGUAUGUGUAACUGUUGGCCUUGUACUCUUAGCUUCUAAGUACCGCAAAAAUGUAUUUCAAAGUGUUAAACACCUUUGUCAAAGUAUAAAAAACAAGAGUUAUGGAAAAAGCGAUAAGAAACAAGAACUCAAGAUUACAUUAGACAAAAUCAUUUUGGCAGAUACUCCAGAAAAAUGUGAUUACGCCAUUCAACGUAUUCGCUGCAACUUAUCUAAUGGUGUAUUGGGUUUUGAUUGUGAAUGGGCCAAUGAAGGACCUGUUUGUCUCCUCCAACUUGCUACCUUUAAUGGAGUAUGUGGUCUUUUCCGCAUUGGUAAAAUUGGAUAUAUUCCAUAUAAAUUAAAGGAAUUAUUAGCUAGUAAACAUAUCCUCAAAGUUGGAGUUGCUUCAUAUGAAGAUGGACAAAAAAUAAUAACAGAUUAUGGGUGUAAAGUUUGCGGUACACUUGAUUUGAGGACAUUGGCAGAUCGUGUAAAUUUACCAUGUCCAAAGAGUUUAGCUGCAAUGAGUUUAGAAUACUUGGGUUUGGAAAUGGAUAAAUUGAUAGAAGUAAGGUGUGGCAAUUGGAAUGCUGGCACCCUCACUGACGAACAAGUAGCAUAUGCUGCUUGUGAUGCAAUUGCGUCUGUUCUUAUUUAUGACCAGAUCGUGCAAAGGAUAAAGAAAAAGUAUUCUUUAUGGCAAAACUUUGUGAAUUAUAUAAAACAUGUAUGUAACAAAAAUGUAAAUAUGCAGUUUCAUUGUUUACCUAGUGGUGUAAUUGAUACAAGGUUCAAGGCUCAACACACGCACACAAACAGUAAUUACAAAAAUACGAAAUGUAGCAAUGUUCACAAAGAUAGCAAUUAUUUAAAAACAAACAAUGCUACACAUACAAGUAAUAUACCUAUUAGAAAUAAACCAUUAUAUCACAACUGCUAUUUACAAGCACCAGAUGGAGAUAUAUUGUGUACCUGCGAUCGUAAAAAGGCAGAAUGGUAUGUUACUAAAGGAUUAGGGAAUGUAAUUGAAACAGUACCCUUUACCGUGAGGUUAAACUUUGAACCCUCUGGACGUGCUUUGGGUGAGGUUGGACAAUAUUAUACGCAAGUUAAGCUUAAUCAAUGUGUAGUGUGCGGUACUUCAGAGAAAUUCAUUAGAAAAAAUGUUGUUCCACGAGAAUACCGUAAAUACUUCCCUGUGGUGAUGAAAGCUCAUCAAUCGCACGAUAUAUUAUUAUUGUGUCCAUCGUGUCAUGAAACGAGUAAUUGUAAUGACCUGCAAUUGAGAAAAAAACUUGCAGAUAUGUGUGAUGCUCCUUUAGCUGGCCCAUUAACACAUACACAUAAUAAGAAUGUAAAUAAUUGGAGAAAAAUGCAUUCGGCUGUUAAGGCUUUAAAAGAAAGCACGACUUUACCGGAUAUAAGGCGUCAAGAACUAGAACAUUAUAUUUUGAAAUGUACAAGUCAACAACAAAUAACACCUGCUCUUCUCGAUGCUUUGAGUAGAGAGUUGAAAAAUGCUAUGAUGUCAGUGUCUAGUCAUGAUCAGUUUAAAUGUCAACCUCAUGGUUUAAAGGUGGUUCAGUAUUUUCAAAGAAAGGAAGGGGGAUUAGUAGAAUUGGAACGCAUGUGGAGAGAACAUUUUCUUUUGACUAUGAAACCAAAAUAUUUGCCAAAUUUGUGGUCUGUACGUCAUAAUCACGAGAGAUUGACUAUUCGUCAGUCACAAAAUAGAAUUGAACCGGAAGAUGUAAAGGUAGCUGGUUUGGCAUACUGAAUUUUAAGUAUUAUGUACCUAAAAGGACUCGUAUAAGAGCGAGUACUUGUAUUGAAAGACUGUUAUAUCCCUUAAUGCAUAUAUUGAUAUUCAUACAAUACACAUGUAUAUAUAUAUAUAUUUCUAUACAUAUAUACAUAUAUAAACACAAUGUAAACACACGCAUAAGACCUCUGUUUUCAUUUGUGAAAUUGUUUGGAAAUACUGUAAUUUGUAAAAAGGUAAAGACUGGUAAACUGUGUAUCUCAAAUAAAAUGUUUUCUUUUA